AUGGAGACGUUCUCGUUUGGUGAUCACCUACGCGCGAGGCUUGCAGCGGCAGCACAAGUGAAGGAGCGGAAGCGGGCAAGAAUGAUCACCUCCGCCUCCGGUCCGUCGUCGUCGGUGCCGCCGGUAGGUGGCGUCGUGGCGGUGGAGGACACGGACGCCCUCAACUGCGGCGUCUGCUACCUUCCGCUGAAGCCCCCCAUCUUCCAGGUGAAGGAUACAUCUAAUUUUUUUCAAUCUCUGAACAAUCUUGCACAUAUUGAUAUAAAACUUAUCCAUUUCCUGAAUUAUAUUGAUCCUGGGGCCUGGGCUAAUCUUGGUACUCCAUGCCUGCGGUGUGACGUGGGGCAUGUGAUGUGCUCGCCGUGCCGUGACAAGCUCAGUGACAACCGCAAGUGCCACGUGUGCCGCGGCUCCACCGGUGGCUUCUGCCUGUGCCACGCCAUGGAGCGCCCGGUGGAGUCUGCCCACGUCGCGUGCCCGAAUGCGGUCUACGGUUGCGCGGCCAGGCCGGCCUACUACGAGCAGCAGGCCCACCGGCAGCUGUGCCUGCACGCGCCCUGCCGGUGCCCCGGCGACGCCUGCAGCUUCAUCGGCCCGACGGAGGCGCACCUAGAUCACUUCGCCGGCGUCCACGGUUGGCCGUGCUCUACCAAGGUCAGGACCGGCGAGAUGUCCAGCGUCCGCCUCAAGGACGGCUCAUCAACUUCGUCUUGA